AUGGUAAGUGAGGCUCCUGUUUUCAGCUGCGUUUAUGAUGUAACUCUAUGGAAAUUUGAAUUUGCAAUGUUGGAAAAGCCAUCAUCAACAUCUAGCGGAGGCUCACAAAAGAGCUCGAAAUCAACCUAUCGAAAGAUCUCCGAUAAGCCAAUUGUCGAUGAAAUAUUGUUUGGAAACUCAUCUCAAAAGAAAUCCUCUAACAAAGCUGCUUCUGCUGAACAAGUAAAAAGAAAAGGUGAUACUGUGGUAAUAACUACAUCAGAAUUUCAAACUCUCAAAGAAAAGUCAAUUCCGAUUGAAAAACAGAGAGAAAUGGAGAGAAAGCAGAGGGAAGAAUCUCAGGAAGCAAAAGAAAGAAAGGAGCGAAUGAAGCAAUUGGAUAAGGAAAAGAUGCUCAAGGGCGAAAGAAAAAUGUCAGAUCUCGACAUUGAGAACCAGGAAAAACAGUUAAUGCUGCUGGAAAAAGCUGUAUCCCAAAUGGAUGAAAAUCUUGAUGAAGUGAAACGAAUGAACAGCAUGGCACUUUAUGCUCAAUGUGUCACAAUUCGAGACAAACAACUCGAAGAGAAGCAAAGAAUAUUGAAAGAGAAACAAGAGGCAGAAAGGUUGCAGGACGAGGCAAUGGAGCUUGAACGCCUGAAGGCGAUAAAAAUGUACGAGCAAAGAGAAAAGAAACGGCAAGAAGAUCGAAGAAACGGUGCUCUAAUUAUCAAAGAACAGAUGAAGGAGCGAGAAAAAGAGCGAUUGAGAGAGCUUGAGUUGAAGAGACAAGAACAGGAAGCAAUGUUAGCUCACAUGCAAAAUAUGAAGCUUGAAGACAUCAAAGAGGCUGAAGAAAAGAGAAAACAAGAAAAGCAACUCAUGGAAGAGAUUGCUCUUGCAAAUGCCGAGCAAAUUCAGCUCAAGAGGCGAUUAAAGCUUGCCGAAAUGGAAGAAGAUCGACAAAUUGCAGAAUAUUUGGCUGAAAAGGAAAGAAAAGAACAAGAAUUUGCAAGACAACAAGAGCAAUUAAAAGCAGAAAAAGAAAGAGAAGUGGCUCGAUUAAGAGCUCUGCAAGAAAAAGCUCAAGAUAAACAAUCAGAAAUUGAUGCUUUGCGAGCAAAAAGGGCUCAAGAGGCCCUCGAACGAGAAUACAGAAGAAAGGAGAGAGAAAACGAGGAAAAAAGAAAAAGAAUGAACCAAGAGUUGCAUCAGGCAAGACAAAAGCAAAAGUAUGAAAAAGAGUUAAAGAUAGCUGAAUUGGCCAGAGAGGACCGAGAUGAAUUUAAUCAUGUAGUAGAUCAUCAGAAGAAAGUGGAAGAACUUGAAAAGCUCAAGAGCGAAGAGGAAAAGAAACGAAAGAAAGAAACCCAACAGCAGGUUUUAGAACAAAUUGAAAGCAUCAAGGAAUCCAAAGAAAGACAACGUAGAGAAUAUCUCGAAGAAGGCGAAUUAUUGAAACGAAAAAUGGAGCUGGAACGAAAGAAAGUGGAGCUAUUAAGGAAGAAAAAAUUACAUGAACUUUUGGAAACUGGAAUCCCUGAAAAGUACACGGGCAAAAUUGCAACGACAGAUUUCACAAUAGAGAAGCUUCGGUCGCCUCUUGGAGAUGCUCCUACUUCUAAACCAGCUGCUCCAAACAAGAAAUAA